AUGAGUUAUGUUUAUCCAGUACUCAUAUUUGGAGCCGGAACACUAGGAUGCAAUAUCGCAAGGUGUUUGAUGGGAUGGGGAGUCAAAAAGAUCACAUUUGUGGAUAAUUCGUCAGUGAGCUACAGUAACCCGGUGCGGCAGUCGCUAUCAGAAUUUGAAGAUGCUCGAGAAUCUCGGGGCAAAGCUGAAACAGCGGCAGCUGCUUUGCAACGAAUCUAUCCUAGCAUUGAUUCACAAGCUGUACGACUCACGGUACCAAUGCCUGGACACACGAUAUCGGCUAGUGAAGAGGCUGCCUUAGAAAGAGAUGUGUCUUUGAUAGAUGAUCUUGUUGCGAAUCACGACGUAGUGUUUCUGGCACUG